AUGGAGGUCUACUUGACCAACGUGCCUAGGCACCUGACGGAUCGGACUCUGGAGAAGGAGCUUAGGCCGCACAUGAAUGCUCUCGGCAUCCUUGAAUGGGCGUGCUCGUCAAAGAGCAAAAAUAACAAGGGCUGGGUGACUUUUCUCAACACAGCAGACGCAAAGAGAUUUCUGAAGCGCCAUGGAAAACAGAGCCUCCCUGACGACGGGGCAACAUCCAAGUCUACACCGAGGGGAGGAAAGCCUCCAAACCAACGAGCAAAAGCGAACCUUUUUCUUAUGAACACCCCCGUCUGGGUCGCCCCAAGCAACAGACCACCCGAUCCAUUCAUGAUAAAGAGCCUUGCGCAUCGCCUGGAGGAGGAGUACAGACAGCGGAAACAACAAGACGCUCCCUCUGCCGACGACCCCAUCGUAUUCCAAGUUAGCCACCUGGCUUGCGGUCACAACUCUGUUCAGCGUGACAAGACCUUGAUAUUCAACGAACAAUGCCGCUUCUCUCAAAGAGGCCUCGCAAAGUUUGGCAAGAGAAUGCUCAUUCUAAAGCUCGAACAAGGCGCCAAAGUCGAGAUCUCUCACUCCUCCAUCGUCGAGAUGAUACACACCUCUGCUCCAUCCACUUUUACCCUUCUCCUGAGUGAACCACCACGAUUCUAUCAAACCAAGUCCGAUUUGGAAGAACAAAUGGAACGUCUAGGCUUGAUCGAUGAAUCCAAGAGACCUCAGGGAAAGUCAUCCACUCGCAGUCUCGGCCUAUCCAACAGCAAGGAGCACACGAAGUGUGCGGGAACCUGUCUCGUCUAUCAGCUGGGAAUCUUUGGACCCGACUUCGAUCACAAAAUGAUUAGCCUCAAGAAGAAGGAGAUCAUCCCCAUUGCGCACUCAAGGGUCACUCUGAACCAGAUGCCCAUCCUCAACGGAGUUGACUACCACGUUGAGUGGGCCAAAUUCUAUGAUGGUCUAGUCAAGGCCGGAACCGCCAAGGCAUUGCCGUUUGGCAUCUUAUUCCAACUGCAGUCCCUGGUUUUCAACAACUUUUUACAUCCACGCAGUGCUAACACAAUGUUGGUGUCUCUCGAGAAAAGUUUCCGAAGCGCCAAACUAGAGGGCAGACCGAAGCCCGUUUCCGAGCAGGCGUUCAAGAUUUUGCAUGGCACUGGCCAGGAUGGAAUCUCCUACCCAUGUCAUAACACCGACCCGAGCGAACUAGACCCCAACGAGAUCCUCAAAUAUCUUCUUUCCAUUGAGAAGCGCCUACAAUCGGAAACUAACAUGGAAUUCAGAGAUGUCCUGCUCGAGCCUGAGAUAACCGAUCACCAUGCCUGGGUUUUCAAGGCUACAGUGACCCCCACGAGAGUUACCUUGCAUGGUCCCGACUUGGAGCCUCUCAAUCGCAUCCUCCGCAAGUACCCAAACCAGACGGACUACUUCAUGAGAGUCACAUUCGCCGACGAGGACGGUAGUGAUCUAUUUUUCACCGGCAAGGUUUCCUACGAUAAGAUCUUUGAACGCUACAAGAGCAUCCUCGGCAAGGGCCUGGAAGUUGCCGGUCGAAUUUAUGGAUUCCUUGGUUUCUCCCACUCCUCACUGCGGUCCCACUCGGCUUGGUUCUCAGCUCCGUUCGUGGACGAUUGGAACAAACUGCAAUUGUACGGAAACAUCAUCAAAUCGAUAGGUGACUUCAACAAGAUACAGAUCCCGGCCAAGUGCGCGGCUCGCAUCGGACAGGCCUUUUCGGAAACGCCAUCCUUCAUUUCUAUCAGCGAGGCUGAUAUCAAGCGCUACUACAUACCGGAUGUUAAAUCAAUGGAAGGUGAAACUGAACGAGUUUUCAGCGAUGGCGUAGGCACAAUCUCGCGCGAAGCUCUCGAGCUGAUUUGGCCGCGCUUGCCACGAGGCUCGUUGAUUUCCACUUGUCUGCAGAUUCGCUGGGGAGGUGUCAAGGGAAUGCUAUCUCUGGACACAAGGCUUCAGGGUCGAGCGGUGUGCAUUCGGAAAGAGUCCAUGGAGAAGUUUCCCAGCGAAGACUGGGAGAAUCUCGAAAUCUGUGACGUGGCAUCACGACCUCUCAAACUAGUGCUCAAUCGUCAAUUGAUCAAGAUCUUGGAGGACUUGGGCACGUCCAGAGAAUGGUUCCUCCGAUUGCAGAAGAUGGAGCUUGAUCGACUUCGGGCCGUCACGGCUGAUGCCUACAACACGGGAACGUUCUUGCAUCUACAGGGUAUCGGCACAAGUUUCUUCUUGUCGACCUUCAUCAAGAGCCUUGACAAGUACGACAUAGAUUACCGGCAAGACAGUUUCUUGAGAGCAGUAGUCGAGUCAGUUGUUUUACGAGAACUGCGAUUGCUCAAGCACAAAGCCAGAAUACCCGUUCCCAAGGGCGCCACACUCUUUGGCAUCAUGGAUGAGACGAGAUUCCUCAAAGAAGGCGAGGUCUACAUGUGUUUAGACACUUACCGAAGACCGGGGAAACCAGCUAUUGCCGAAUCUAUCAAAGAUGGUACCUUGAUCCUCGUGACGCGGUCGCCAGCUCUUCACCCCGGCGACAUCCAGCAAGCCAUGGUGAGAAUACCGCCCGCAGGCCAUCCCCUACGGAAUCUUCGCAACUGUAUCGCGUUUAGCCAGUGUGGAGAGCGCGACUUGCCUAGUCAGCUUAGUGGCGGUGAUCUUGAUGGCGAUUUGUAUAACAUUAUCUGGGACCAAGAAGCUACACCACGAGUGGUAUGCGGAGCUGCCGACUACCCCAGAGUAACACCGGAGCCACUCGGUCGACCGGUAACGAGAGAAGAUAUGGCCAACUGGUUUGUUGACUUCAUGAAGUCUGACGUACUCGGUAUGAUUGCCACCAGACAUCUCAUUCUCGCGGACAAAAACCAUGAUGGCACGUUGAGCUCGGACUGUAUCAUACUAGCCAGUUUGCAUUCGACCGCUGUGGACUUUUCGAAGACGGGUAUCCCAGUCGCGCGGGAAGAAAUCCCAAAGGCACCCGUCUUUCGCCCGGACUUCCUUGCUCCCGCUCCGCCUGCUCAGCUGUAUGAUCGAACGCAGAUCGACUUCCUCGGUAAAGACGAGGCAGUCGACGACGAUGACGACGGCUUCGCACCAACGUACCGAUACUACAAAUCAGACAAAAUUCUCGGCGAGCUCUAUCGCAAUGUCGACGAAAAGCAGAUUUGGGAUGAAGAGAUCAAGAGAGCCAUUGCCAAGACGGGCCCCUCGGUUUGGGAUCAAUUUGUCGGCCUGAUACAGCGAAAGAUCAAGGACUAUACUCAUGGGCGAGUGAGUUGGGAAACGAAGCUCAAGGAGGCGAAAAGUUUGCGAGACGUAUACGAAGAUAACCUAUUCAGUGCCAUGACGACGUAUUCCGACAGUCACUUGAAGCAGUUAACAGAAGUCGAGGUGUUUUGCGGCUCAAUCUUCAAUAAGACCGGCGCGCAGACUCGACGUCAGAAGGACAACUCGAUGAAGCUCAAGCAAGAGUUCGAUCGACUAGCCGACCUCAUGGUGCAACAAAUGCGGCGCAAGUUCCGCAAUGCUGCAGAUCAGGCUUCCCAACCUGGUGAUAUACACAGCAACCCCGCACCACGAGGUACCAGCCAGAUUGACGAUGACCUGGAACGACUCCUGGCACCGAACAAGGAUGCGCUAGAGAUGUCGUACGCUUGCUUCAUGGUGGCAUUGCUGCCGAGUACCGACACCGAGCGCGGACAUCGAGCAUCGCAACUGGAUAGUUUCAAAGUCAUUUCAGCAGGUGUCCUACUCAAAGAGCUCACAGAGCUUGCGAAUCGCGUGAAGGGUGGCAAACUAGUCGACCCCAGCAAUGAUGACGCCGCGGGUGGUGGCUUUGUUGGUGUCAGUGAUGGGCCGGCCACGUCGUACGCGUACAGUGGCUAUGAUGUGGAUGUCGGGCAGUAUCCAAACUACGGAUAUAGCCAUUACAUGUAG